AAUGGAUUUCUUUUUCCAUGCAGAAUAGAACGAGCGCACGAGAUAGCAGAACAAAUGUCGCAAGGAUGAUGAGCUCUAUGCAAACACAAUUGCCUGGAUCCUUGUACGAUUCGGAUCAAAUUGAUCCGUAUCGACUUCUCGAGGAUGAUCUUAAAGAUAUUUAUGAUGAUAUACGAGAGGAACUCAUCAGGAACACGAUAUAUAAAGAGCUACAAACUAUAGCGACGUAUUACUUCGAUGGUAAGGGAAAAGCAUUGCGGCCGAUGGUAGCGAUUCUCAUGGCACGGGCUAUCAAUUAUCACAAGGAAAGAAAUGGUCUCUUGGAUUCGCAACGACAAAUAGCGAUGAUUUCCGAGAUGAUCCAUAACGCUUCCUUAAUCCACGAUGAUGUAAUCGAUCAACCAGGUUUCCGUCGUGGUAAACCUUCGAUUAAUGUUGUUUGGAGUCGGAAAAAGGUAAGAUUUAAUAAAAAUAUAUAACAUUGAAUUGUAAUA